AACCGUUCGCUUCAAUUAAGUAUUUUGGAGUCCAAACCUCCCCUGUUUCUGACCAAAAUCUUGGACUGGUCCAAGUUUUAUUUAUGCAGCAUCGAUGACGUCAUGUUUCAUUAAUAAAUAAAACAAGUCACGAUAGUAAGAUGGCGGAUAGUCAGUCGCGCGCUACGUGAAAAUGUCAAAUAUUGUUCGCUAAAACAACCAUGUAAGACACUGUUGAGCAUCCGAUUGUGUUGCAAAUUGGUUGUGUGUGGAACGUGAAGGUGUGCCGUCAAAAUUGGAGCUGUAGAAGUCUUUAAGAUGCCAGGAUUUAGGCGUUUGCAAAGUGACGGGACAGACCUGACCGAUGGGAUUAAUCUAGCGCCCCUUCCUCCGGCUGAGCCAGAGACCAGGAUCAUCUACCUUAAUCAGUCGCAGGCAACAAAGUUUUGCAACAAUGAAGUCAACACUGGCAAGUAUUCCCUUGUCACAUUCUUGCCCAAGUUCUUGUUUGAACAAUUCCGACGCUAUGCCAACGUCUUCUUUCUGUUCAUCGCCCUGCUUCAGCAAAUUCCAGGUGUGUCGCCCACUGGCAAAUUCACCACCAUGUUCCCCCUCCUGUUCAUCCUGUUUGUGUCGGCAAUCAAAGAGAUCAUUGAGGACUUUAAACGACACAGGGCAGACGAUGAGGUGAACAAUCGUAAAAUAUUAGUUCUACGUUGUGGCAUCUGGAUGAGAAUACCAUGGGUUGAGUUAGCUGUUGGGGAUAUUGUGAAAGUCUCCAGAGAAGAAUUCUUUCCUGCUGAUCUAGUUCUACUAGCAUCAAGUGCACCACAGGCCAUGUGUUACAUAGAAACCGCCCAGCUUGAUGGGGAGACUAACCUGAAGAUACGGCAGGGUGUACCGCAAACGGCUCAUCUAGUCUCCGAUCAAGAACUCACGCAGAUCAAUGGCAGGAUAGAAUGUGAUACUCCCAACAGGCAUCUGUAUGAGUUCACGGGAAAUAUCAGGGUUAAACAAGACCAGACAAUGGCGGUACCAAUUGGUAAUGAGCAAGUUCUACUGCGGGGUGCUGUACUCAAGAAUACACAAUGGAUUCAUGGAAUAGCUAUCUAUACGGGUCAUGAAAGUAAACUACUCAUGAAUUCGAAAGCAGCACCUUUGAAAAGAUCAACCGUAGACAGAACAACAAAUUCUCAGAUCUUGUUCCUAUUUGUUAUACUCCUUGUACUUUCCCUGGUCAGUUCCAUUGCUGCAGAGGUGUGGAAUAGGCAACAUAUAGAGAGCGACUGGUACUUGGGAUUUGAAGAUCUGGCGCCCAAUUCUUUUUUCUAUAACUUCCUGACGUUCAUUAUCUUGUAUAAUAACCUGAUUCCGAUCAGCUUGCCGGUCACCCUGGAGUUGGUCAAGUUUGGCCAGGCGUGGUUCAUCAGCUCGGAUAUUGACAUGUUCCAUAAAGAGACCAACACGCCGGCCAACGCCCGUACCUCUAAUCUGAACGACGAGCUGGGACAAGUCAAGUAUGUCUUCUCGGACAAGACGGGCACCCUGACCGAGAACAUCAUGGAGUUCAAGAGAUGCACUGUGGCUGGGUUGGUCUAUGGGUCCAAUGGAGAAGACGGAAGCAUUCUCUCUCAUGAAAAACUUCUUGAGAAUCUUCAGAAUAAACAUCCUACAGCCUCCCAUAUCCGCAUGUUCCUAACCAUGAUGGCUGUUUGUCAUACCGUCAUACCAGAGAAGGAUGAAAACAGUGAUGAGAUAAUCUACCAGGCCUCGUCACCAGAUGAAGGCGCCUUGAUUGAUGCAGCCCAUUCAUUGGGUUUUAAGUUCAAUGUCAGGACGCCAGACUAUGUGGAGAUUAACGUGAUGGGGAAGCAGGAGAAAUAUGACAUCCUGAAUGUACUGGAUUUCACCAGUGUCAGAAAGAGAAUGUCGGUCAUCGUUCGGACCAGUAAUGGAACCAUAUUGCUUCUCUGCAAGGGCGCUGAUUCUGUGAUCUAUGAGAGACUAGGGGAAAACCAGGAACAUAGAGAUGAGACGCUACUCCACUUGGGAGAAUUUGCCUCUGAAGGUCUUCGAACACUCUGCUUUGCCUUCCGAGAGAUCUCGAAGGAGGAUUAUGAAGAAUGGAGUGCGACCUACUACAAGGCAAGCACUGCCAUGCAGAACAGGGAAGCCAAGCUAGAAGAAGCCGCAGAACUUAUUGAGAUGAAUUUCAACCUCAUCGGGGCGUCAGCCAUUGAAGACAAACUACAAGAUGGGGUCCCGGAAACGAUUGACACGCUCAUGAGGGCAGACAUCAAACUGUGGGUGCUGACUGGAGACAAGCAAGAAACAGCCAUCAACGUUGGUUAUUCUUGCAAGUUGCUGACUCAGGACAUGCCCCUGGUGGUAAUAAACGAGGAGAGCCACGAUGACACGAGGGAAACACUUCGCCGGCACAUCGCCACGUUUGGGGAAGACCUCGGCAAGCAGAACGAUGUCGGCCUGGUCAUAGACGGGAAGACGCUGAAGUUUGCCUUGGAGUUUGACAUGAGGAAGGAUUUCCUAGAUCUGGCAGUCUCAUGCAAGGCCGUUGUUUGUUGCAGGGUGACCCCAAGACAGAAAGCGGAAUUGGUUGAACUGGUCAAACAGAAUGUCCACGCAAUCACCCUGGCCAUCGGUGAUGGAGCCAAUGAUGUGGGCAUGAUACAGGCAGCGGACGUCGGCAUAGGUAUCAGCGGUCGGGAGGGUCUUCAGGCGGCCAACUCCUCCGAUUACUCCAUUGCGCAGUUCCGCUUCCUUCAUAAGCUCAUGCUGGUCCACGGAGUGUGGAGCUACAACCGCCUAUCCAAAGUCAUCCUCUACUCAUUCUACAAGAACAUCUGUCUGUACAUUAUGGAGUUCUGGUUUGCUGUUGUGAACGGCUGGUCUGGACAGAUUCUCUUCAACCAGUGGUGCAUUGGAAUUUAUAACUUGGCCUUCACUGCCCUCCCCCCGUUUGCCAUCGGACUCUUUGACCGUAACAUUAGUGUAGAAAGUAUGCAAAAGUUCCCCCAGUUGUACAAGCCAUCACAAAAUUCAGAAUACUUCAAUAGUAAGGUGUUUUGGAUGUGGACAGCCAACGCUGUGUAUCACUCUUUGCUCAUCUUCUGGUUUGUGGUUGGUGCUCUGUAUCAGGAUGUGGCCUUCUCCAAUGGGCAACUAGGAGGGCAUCUGUUCAUGGGCAACAUGGCCUACACGUAUGUGUUGAUAGUAGUCACACUAAAGGCUGGUUUAGCCAUGGAUGCCUGGAGCUGGCCGGUGCACUUCUCCAUGUGGUUUAGCAUUAUCUCCUGGUUUAUAUUCAUUGCUGUCUACUCUGCCCUUUACCCAAGCAUCACCUUUGCCGCUGAUAUGGCCGGACAGGCCUAUGAGGUGUUUUCCUGCGGUGUGUUCUGGAUGCUGCUGUUCCUUGUACCUGUGGUGGCAUUGUGGCGAGACGUGGCCUGGAAAGCUUUCAAGCGAACCUUAUUUAAGAGCCUUGCUGAAGAGGUGCAGGAAGCGGAAGGCAACUUGCUCGACCCUACAGCAAUAAUACAACGAUCCGUCAGAAAGAGAUUACAUGCAUUGGGCGGCAAGGCUGCACAAGGUUUCAAUGAGACUUCACGAUUGCUGAACAAACUUUUCAAGAGGCAACCAAGCUCCUCAAGGAGAGUUGCUGAAAACUACGAUCUAUCACAGCACGGAUAUGCUUUUUCACAAGAGGAGCACGGAGCUAUUGCACAGGGUGAAGUCAUCCGGGUAUUUGAUUCAACGAAACGACCUGAAGGAGCAGUGGUCAUCCCUGAGAACCGAUGAUCACCGGAGAUGUGCCAAGCUAGACGUUGACAGUAACGUAUCAUUCCCUGACUCCAAUAACAUCAAGUUCUAACAUUCCUCUGAAAAACAUAUCUUCUAGGCAACCUUGUUUUUCUUUUAUAUUCUGAAUUAUAAGAAAAAAAUACUUAUCCAUGUGUAUUUAAUUCCUUCCUUUAUUUAUGAUAAAUAACUUGUAUAUCUUGAGAAGAUAUUUUGGAGAGUAGAGACACAAUUGACAGCCAGUGCAAAUAGGUGCAAAUAGUGCAGGUCAGAGGUUAAAGGUCAUCUGAUGAUUUUAUAUAAUAUUAUAAAUAUAUCUUUCUUGAGACUUGCCCAUCUGAUUAGGGACCAAUUUCAUAAAGCUGUUAAGCAAAUAAUACUUCAUAGCCAAUUUUUUUGCUAAGCAAAAAAAUGAGUGGAGCAAUUUAAAUUUCAUGGAAUUUUGGUUGGUAACCAGAUUCUCUUAAUCAAGAGUUGUCUGUGCUUAGCAAAUGUGUAUGCUUGCAGGCUUUAUGAAAUUGUGCUCUGAACUAACUAUACAAACAUGUGGUUUAAACAAUGGUUUGGGUUUUUAUAUAACUAGACUCGUACCUUUGAGUUAAAAUGCCACAUAACAUUUCACAAGGCGGAAAUCACCUUCGCACAAUACAUGUCAACCAUUUACAUGAUUUCACAGAUUGACCUCUUGCACGAAGCACAAUGCACCUCUGCAUGAUGUUCAUCUACAAUUUUUCUCGAGUACAUUUUUUUGAUUUGACUCCCAAAGUGGUGGAGAGGAUAUGUGCGUGUGCACUACUACCAGUGCUCAUUCAGAAAGGACAGCAACUCUGAAAACCACUUCGCACUAAUGGUGUCACUUUUGCUCAAAAUUUAUCGCUCAUUUGAGGAGGACAAUGCUGCACAUUAUCCAAUACGAUAAACCUUUUUAGAACAAUUUUGAUGAGGAUGAAACUUUGGGCCCAAUAAUAUUUAAAUAAUCGAUGCCUAUUUGUGUAUGUCACAGAAUAUACUCACAAAGGUGAAAUCUGAACCGAGUGUAAUGGAAAAAACAUUUGUUCUAUAUAACUUACACACAGAUCCUAGUCAUUUUUUCACAAUAAACAUGACCAAAAAAAAGACCUGGAAACUCUUAAAAACCUCUUCGAAACAAUGUGGACGACUCCAUGUAGUUACCAACCUUGUUCAUCUCCCCCGUGACGCGACUUGGCGUCAAUUGGAUAAACAGGGUAGGGAAUUAUUGUUUUGGAAAUGACUCUGCGAAGCGUCAGUGUGGAGUGGCAAAAUAAAGGGUGAUGUUUGGGUGUGGUUUGUAGGCCGUGGCCAUUCGGACACAAAGGCAAAGUAAAUAUCACAUGAAAUAUGACUGUACCUGAUGUUAGUAGUGGUGAAUUGUUAUUUAUGUUACUGUAAAAGAGUUUGUGUAAAUGUUGACUAGAAUAUGAUAAUUGUAGACGAAAUUAUGUGGACUAUGAUAUGUACAAAAUUGAGACGAGAUGGGUAGUUUUAAGGAUCUUGUUAUUUGGAGUGUCGGAUUGCCUGCCUUUUGCUAUAGUUGUAUUUUCAUUGUUGUGCAUUGUAAAAAUAGCUGUUAAUCGAUGGAAUCAAACUUUGUAGCUAAUUCCAAGUUUAAAAUUUUCCAAAGAAAGUAAAAUGUAAUUAACAUUAUCAGAUAUUUCAUGAAAUUACUGGUUCAUCGAAUGAUCUUUAGACGCUGAUUUUAUAGGGAGGACAAAAUAUGGAUGUUUUAGUAGUAUUUUAUACUAGCCCCAAAUCUCAGAGGAGGACACUCUUUGUUACAAUCAUUAGGUAAUAAUAGUAAAGUUACUGGACUUAGUUUGAUAUUGGGCAUUCACAUGUGUAUGGUAGCCGAUGUCACAAAUCUCGAGUUGGGACGAGUAGCCCGUUGGGUAAGGUGACGGCAAAUACGAUAUGGAAAGGUUUGCAGUAACACCAUGAAUGACUUUCUCUAAUGAGUUUGGGUGGUUCUGAAAAGAACUGUUGGUUUCAACAAAAUACAUAAAGAUGCGCUAACCUGUGCUAUGUAUAUUUUAUUUUGAAGUGCAAUGUUUUGUUUUUUUAGCAAAGUCCACCGAGAUUUUAUUUAAUAAAUAAAUAGAAAACACAAGAUAAUAGACUAAGUUAAUAGCAAAAUGUGCAACCUCUUUAUGUAUCAAUCUUACAGAUUUAGGUUUGUGUCAGGGUGAGCUUAACCUUAGCUUUCUUUGCAUUCCAUGCUAAUUUUUUAAAGACCUGUUUGUCCCAAGAUGGCGCCCUCUUCUACGGGUUUCUGCAUUCUUACAAUCAAUCUAUUUUUCAGUAUUAAUAUUGUAGGAAUUUUUGAAACUUUCCUUCGCCUUUUUAUCUUUUAAUUUCUAAAGUGCCUAGGUCUCUUUGCAGUUGAUUGAUAGGAAAUUUGAUCGAUACAUAAUUAAGAUAUGUACGGUGCCGCUGCAAUACUUAAAAGUGUUUAGGGUUGAAACCUUGAAUUAUGUAGUUUAUAUUUAACCCUAUAGGUGGUGUUAUUCGCUGUGUCCUUAUUGCUGUGUCCUCAUUUAGGGGAAUGGGUUCCAAACGGGAUACAAAUUUUCCCAAUGGGGUUAGUCAUACAAGAUAUCUUUCUCACCCAUUCAUGUCUUUUCUUAUCCUCAAUUGGGAUUUAAUGGUCCCGAAGAGGAUACAAGUAUCAUCCCAUUUGGAUAGUACGUAUGAUGACAGCCAUGAACUGUAGUACAGUGUAAUAAUUUGCUUCCCUGUGUAGUGCCAUUAACUGUGAUUUAAAUUAUAGAAACAGUGUUAACUUUCAACUUACACGCAGUUAAUAUUCAAAAUGAAUAAAUGUGGCAAACAGAUCUCACAAAGUGAGUCCUCA